AUGGAUGGGAAAAAGUUAAUAAUCUUGAGUGAAGAAGCAAAGUUAAACGUGAAAGUCAUUGGAACAAUCGGAAUCACCGAUGGUCAUCCAUAUCAAUACAGGGUUGUAGCUUGGACAAAUGCAAAGGACAAAUACCUAACAAAGAUUGUACCGACCGAGGGAGAUCCUGAGUUCAAUGAAGUGCUACAAAUUUCUCUGGAUAAGAAUUUUCCAGCGAAAGCUUUAUUUGUAGAUGUCUUCAGAAUGAAUUCAGAUGGUCUCUACUUCGUCGGGAGGGGAAAGACAUUGUUGCCAACGGAUAUAGGGAAAGAUUUUUACAGGGAAGUUGAGCUCUCUGGUUUUGUGGAAGCCGGGUUUCUUCAAUUGUCACUAAAUCUCAAUGUUUUUGAGGUACUUGGUUAUGCUAUAUGA